AUGGGUGCCUUGGAUUUAGCCAGAGCUCUCAGAGGGGAACCUGACUUAUGUACAGACAUCAAUUUUCAGUGUGUUGUUUAUGAAGACGAUGAUGUGCCGUUGUACGUUGAAAUGGUGAGAGAUUUUCCAGAAAUGAUGGAGUGGGAUCGUGAAAUAAAAGGUGAUGUCAUUGUUUAUAUUAGUGAUGAAGGAGUUAAACAUUUAGCUCAAGUUCUGGAGGACAGCUAUGAAGUUACAGUGCUUGAACUAUCCAGUUUAGGAAUUGGUAAUGAUGCGGUAAAGGCUUUGGCUAGGGCACUCGAUUCUAAUUCGACCCUCAAAGAGCUUGACUUGUCAAACAAUAAAAUUGAUUGUGAUGGAGUGAAUGCUCUUGCUAUGGCACUUAAGGAUAAUAUCACUUUGGAAAUUCUAAAGUUAAACAUAAAUAAAAUAGGCAAUGAUGGAGCAGAGGCUCUGGCAGAGGUACUGCAAUCGAACUCCACUCUAAGAACCCUAAACUUAUCCAACAAUGCAAUCAGUGAUGAUGGAAUAGAAGCAAUAGCGAGGGCACUAUAUCCAGAAGAACCACCCGACCAUGUCAACGAUGACAGAGCUAGGGCUUCGCAUCGAAAAGAUUCCAGUUGUAACACAGCUUUAAAGGAAUUGAUUCUAUCUUAUAACGAAGUAGGAGAUAAAGGAGCAAUGGCCUUAUCCCAGGCAUUACACCGCAACUCAACGCUCAAAGGUCUUACCCUAUAUGGUAACCCAGGAAUAGGUGAAGAAGGUGUUCAUCAUCUGAUUCAGGCUCUGACUGUGAAUGUUUCCAUUGCUGGGUAUUCUUCUGGUACAGGAGGUCUUGUACUCGACAAAAAGAACCAUGAAAGAUAUGCUGUGAAUUUUCCUGACUACACUACAGUGAAGCAUAGAAUUGCUUUAGUGAUACUUGAAUAUAUGAAUAUGAAAUAUUUUUUCGCCAAGACUUUAUGA